CACUCGAGAACUCCAACAGUCAUCAUGGGUUCCUCAUCAACGUCCUCCUCUUCCUCCUCUUCCUCGGCAUCGGCCUCUUCCUCUUCCUCCUCGUCGUCCUCUUCGAUGGCUCGUGCUCAGUCCAAGUCCAAGUCCAAGAAGUCCAAGUCCAAGUCCAAGUCCAAGUCCAAGGCCAAGUCGCCGACCCCGCCGCCGCCGCCGUCGUCGUCGUCGUCUUCGUCGUCGUCUUCGUCGUCUUCGUCGUCGUCGGCCAAGCCCGCCCCGGUUGCCGCCAAGAAGUCGUCCUCGGACUCGGAUUCGUCGUCGUCGUCGUCGGCUGCUGCCGCCCCGGCUGUCGCCGAGACCGUGGCCAAGGCCACGUCGGACGCUGACUCGUCUGGCUCGUCGUCGUCGUCGUCGUCGUCGUCGGAGAAGCCCGCUGCUGCCCUCAAGCGCAAGCGCUCGGCCUCGCCCGCUGCCAAGAAGGCCUCCUCGUCGGGCUCGUCGUCGUCGUCGUCGUCCGGCUCGGGCUCCGGCUCGGGCUCGGGCUCCGGCUCGGGCUCCGGCUCGGACUCUUCGUCGUCGUCGGACUCUGACGCGCCGGCCACGAAGAAGCGCAAGCUCAACGACGAGUCUGCUCAGCCGUCCGGCGAGCCGGCCUCGCGUGACGACCGCACCAUCUUCUGCGGCAACCUCUCGUGGAACUGCGACGAGGACAUGCUGUACGAGACGAUGAAGGACAUCGGUGAGAUCACCGACGUCCGCAUUGUGUACGACCGUGACACCGGCAAGCACCGCGGCAUUGGCUACGUCGAGUUUGCCAACGUCGCGUCUGUGCAGAAGGCCAUCGACGAGAUGACCGGCGCCGAGGUUGACGGCCGCAACAUCCGCAUCGACUUUGCCAACUCGAACUCGAAGAAGUUCACCGGCGGCCCGAAGACCAACGCCUACAACAACGACCGCUCGUCGCGCCCGUCGGGCCCGGUCGAGACCGACACCGUCUUUGUCGGCAACAUCUCGUUCGACGCCGACGAGGGUGCCAUCCGCGAGAUGUUCGGUGCUGUCGGUGACGUCCGUGACGUCCGUCUCAUCACUGACCGCGAGACUGGCUACUUCAAGGGCUACGGCUACGUCCAGUUCUCGGAGGAGUCUGCCGCGCAGCAGGCUGUGGAGCAGCUCGCCGGUGCCGACUGCAUGGGCCGCGACCUCCGUGUUGACUUUGCACAGAAGCGUCAGUCCGGCGGCGGCGGUGGCCGUGGCGGCUUCGGCGGCCGUGGCGGUGGCCGUGGCGGUGGCCGUGGCGGCUUCGGUGGCCGUGGCGGUGGCCGUGGCGGUGGCCGUGGCGGCUUCAACUCGCGCCCCUCGGCCGGCCGCAUCGGCUUCGACUCGGGCAACAGCAACAAGAUCACCUUUGAUGACUAAACUAAUCUCC